CGCAUUUGUGACAACUUUAUCGAUUUUAUUAAUCCAAAAUUCCUUGGCGAUGAGCAAAGCUCUACCUCCAACUUAGCUGGAGGGUCCUUUGGCUUUAGAAAGUCUAGAAUAAGUCUAGAGUAUUCGAUCGGGAUUGUCAGUAAUAUUCCGCGCACCUUACGCGCAGACUCAUCUACCAUCAGGGAACCAAAGAAACCAUCAAGCUCAACGAGUGAAUUGAGUUUACCGGCCGGUAGUUUGGAAACGCUGAAAUACUUGUGAAAUAUACCAGUUUUGAACGCACCGACGAAAAUAUGGGACUGUGGAGACGCUUGCCGAGAGUUCCUUCCGAGAACAACUUUGACAAUGUCGUCGCCUCCUCCGGGAGUAUGAUCGUGGUGUCGAAUCGACUACCCUUCGUUUUGAAAAGAGAUGCCAAUGGCAAACUUGUACGAAAAGCCAGCGCCGGUGGUUUGGUUACGGCUGUAGCUCCGGUUGUCAUCAAUGGUAAUGGUUUUUGGGUUGGUUGGCCUGGAAUUCAUCUCACCGAUCCCAACGAACCUAUCCCGGAAUCGGAUCCGGGUGAUAUCACGCCUACGGCAGGUCUCAAAUCGGAAAAAGUUGUUGCUGUUCAAAUAGAUUCGGCAGUCUUUGAUUCUUACUACAAUGGCUGCUGUAAUGCCACUUUCUGGCCCUUAUUUCACUCGAUGCCGGACAGAGCGACGUUUAAAAGAGAACAUUGGCAGUGCUAUAGUGCUGCUAAUAAAGAAUUCGCUGCUUGUACUAUGAAGGCGUUGAAAUCUCUUCCGAAAAAGACCGGGAAUGACGUACCUUUGAUUUGGAUUCACGAUUACCACUUAAUGUUAGCGGCAAUUUGGGUGAGACAAUGGGCCGAAGAAGAAGGGAUUAAUUGCAAACUGGGAUUCUUUCUCCACAUUCCGUUUCCACCUUGGGAUAUUUUCCGGUUGUUCCCAUGGUCGGAUGAAGUCCUUCAAGGGAUGCUGGCUUGUGACAUGGUUGGAUUUCACAUCACUGAUUACUGUUUGAAUUUCGUCGAUUGUUGUCAACGAAAUUUGGGAUGUCGUGUCGAUAGAAAAAAUCUUCUGGUUGAACAUGGUGGAAGAUCGGUGAGAGUUCGACCUUUGCCCAUUGGAAUCCCAUUUGAGCGAUUUGUCGAGCUCUCCGAAAAAGCACCAAGAGUCUUAUCAACAAACCAAAGAAUUGUUUUAGGAGUCGAUAGACUCGAUUACACAAAAGGACUAGUACAUAGACUGAUGGCUUUCGAGAAGUUACUUGAAAAUCAUCCCGAACACAAAGAAAAAGUUUCUCUUUUACAAAUCUCAGUUCCGUCUCGCACCGACGUUAAAGAGUAUCAAGAUCUGAAAGAAGAAAUGGACCAAUUGGUCGGUCGAAUUAACGGUAAAUUUACAACACCCAAUUGGUCACCUAUUCGUUACAUCUACGGGUGUGUGAGUCAAGACGAACUAGCAGCGUUUUAUAGAGACUCUGCUGUGGGGCUAGUGACCCCUCUUCGCGACGGAAUGAAUUUAGUAGCCAAAGAAUUUGUAGCAUGCCAAAUCAACACACCUCCAGGUGUCCUCAUAGUCUCUCCUUUUGCCGGUGCCGGAGAAACUAUGCACGAAGCUCUUAUCUGCAACCCUUACGAAAUCAACGACGCUUCAGAAGUCAUACAUCGGGCUCUGACGAUGCCCGAAGAUGAGAGGAUCCUUCGAAUGAACUAUCUGCGAAGACGUGAAAAACUCAACGAUGUUAACUAUUGGACCAAAUCGUUUUUGUCGGCUAUGGGCUCUCUAAUAACUCAGGAGGAUCAUGACGAUAUCGGAACCACAUCAAUGCCUGCGGUGACUCUUGACGAUUUUGAUGAAUACCUCGCAAAGUAUAUUGGGAAUACACACAAACUGGCCUUGCUAUUGGAUUAUGAUGGUACUCUGGCCCCGAUUGCUCCUCACCCAGACCUUGCCAUCCUCCCUCCCGAAACCAAAAACGUCCUCCAAAGACUAUCGAAUAACUCCGACGUUUAUAUCGCUAUUAUUUCCGGCCGAGAUGUGAAUAACGUGAAGCAAAUGGUCGGUAUUGAGGGUAUAACCUACGCCGGUAAUCACGGCUUGGAGAUUUUACAUCCCGACAAUACGAAAUUCGUGCAUCCUAUGCCGACCGAAUUCCGCGAUAAAGUUGGCGAGUUGUUGCGUCAAUUGCAGGAAAAAGUGUGUCGCGAUGGCGCUUGGGUGGAGAAUAAAGGGGCUCUUUUGACAUUCCAUUUCCGUGAAACUCCGGCACAUAUUCGACCGCAGUUGGCCGAAGAAGCCAAGCGUUUGAUCGAAGAGGCAGGAUUUAAGGCCGUGAAGGCUCAUUGUGCUAUCGAAGCCAAACCUCCGGUUCAGUGGAAUAAGGGAAGAGCGUCUAUUUAUAUUCUGAGAACUGCUUUUGGAGUAGAUUGGAGCGAAAGGAUCAGGAUUAUAUAUGCAGGGGAUGAUACGACAGACGAAGAUGCUAUGCAGGCUUUGAAAGGUAUGGCAGCGACAUUUAGAGUUACGUCAUCGUCGAUUGUCAAAACUUCGGCCGAACGCCGUUUACCGUCUACAGAUUCGGUUUUGACGAUGUUGAAAUGGGUGGAGAGACAUUUGAGUCGUAGAAAGCCCAGCAUCGAUCCUAAUAAUUACCGAAGGAAUUCUUUAGCAAAACAGGGUGCUGUUCAAAUGGAAAUGUCUUAUACAAAUACGCAUCAAAGGAACGGAAAUUCGGCAAGAAUUUCUACCACAGACUCGACAGAAUCGCACUAAUUUAAUGUAUAGUAAUAGGAUAAAUAGGCUUUUCAAAUAAUUGUAACCCAGAAGACUUGGAAUGUACCUACCAGAGAUAUUUUUUGAAUGCGCUAAAAUACACUUUUUGUCAAUAUCUGACUUGAAAACACUACUUAGCUCAUAGUUUCGUAUAUAUUUUUAUUUUUUAGUUUUAUUUAUUUAUACUCUUAGAAAACAUACGCAUUGAUAGAUUAGACACAAUCACACGAGCGCAUGUUUUUGUGGCAAAUUUGUUACUUUGUGUAAUACGUGUUAAUAAAUCUCUGUAUAGACAGUA